GUAGUUUCCAGCUCGGUGGGUAGAGUUAGGCGAGCGACGCCUGCGGCCUAGUCCAUCAAUGGAUCCGCCGGGAGAGAAGGAAGAUAACUCGAACGAUGGCCGGGAUCCAGAGGAUAAUUCAAAUGAUGGGAGCCAGCCUGCCAAGCGGAGAUGCACAGCCUCUGGGGAGAGCUCCCCAAUCUGUGAGAAUUCAAGUCAGGAUUUUGGAUCCAAUUACUUUCCAGCAGAAAAUCUAAUUGAAUACAAAUGGCCACCAGAAGAAACGGGGGAAUACUGUAUGCUGCAAGAACAAGUCAGUGAAUAUUUAGGUGUUACUUCCUUCAAGCGUAAAUAUCCAGAUUUAGAGAGAAGAGAUUUGUCCCACAAGGAGAAACUUUAUCUAAGGGAACUAAAUGUCAUUACAGAAACACAGUGUACUUUAGGUCUGACAGCUUUACGAAGUGAUGAAGUAAUUGACCUUAUGAUAAAGGAGUACCCAUCCAAGCAUGCAGCAUACUCUGUCAUACUGCAGGAAAAAGAGCGCCAGCGAAUUACUGAUCAUUACAAGGAAUAUUCAAUAACUGCUGGAGAAAUUCAGAAUGAAGUAUGUGAUCAGGAUGAAACAGGGAAACAAAUGCAGCAACAAAAUACACAGAAGGUGGAACCUAGCAAAGUCCCAGAGUAUAUCAAGAAAGCUGCUAAAAAGGCAGCAGAGUUCAACAGCAACUUAAACCGUGAAAGGAUGGAAGAAAGAAGGGCCUAUUUUGACUUACAAACACAUGUGAUACAGGUGCCAAAGGGAAAGUACACAAUUCUACCCACCGAAGUAACGAAAGUGAGCCCAUAUCCUGUUUCCCUCAUACCUGGACAGUUUCAGGAGUACUACAAAAGGUAUUCCCCAAAUGAGCUCCGCUACUUACCACUCAACACUGCUUUAUAUGAACCACCUCUUGAUCCUUUAGACCCUGAGUUGCUUGCCCUUGACAGUGAUGGAGAUUCAGAUGAGGUGGAAGAAAGUCGCAGCGAAAAGAAAAAAACCAAAGGUUCCUCAGGAAGUUCUUCUGGUAAUGUCUCAGAAGGUGAAAAUACACAGGACACCCAGGAGGACUCACUUCAGGGAAACCCUAAGAAGAAAGAGAAGCCAACUCCGAAAAAAGAGGGCACCAAACGUACUGUACUGUCCAAAACUCACUCCGGGUACAAGCCAAAGUCCAUUCCAAAUGCUAUAUGUGGGAUUUGUCUGAAGGGUAAGGACGUCGCCAAGAAAACCAGAGCUGAGAAACUAAUACACUGCUCCCAAUGUGAAAAUAGUGGACACCCUUCGUGCUUAGAUAUGUCUCCAGAACUGGUUGCUGUUAUAAAGAAAUAUCCAUGGCAGUGCAUGGAAUGUAAAACGUGCAUCAUUUGUGGGCAGCCACACCACGAAGAGGAGAUGAUGUUUUGUGACCACUGUGACCGUGGCUACCACACAUUCUGUGUUGGACUUGGUGCUCUCCCUUCAGGUCCCUGGAUUUGUGACUGUUGUCAAAAUGUUCCAGCCACACCAAAAAAAGGAGUCAAAAGAGUCAAAAACAGUAAAGAAGGAUAGCAGAUGUUUUUUUCGUUUUUAUUUUUAUUUCAGAUGUUGAUUGCAGAAGUCUUUCUACACGGUUGCUACUUGACCAGAUAUCCUUGAGUGCUUUGAAAUCAAUUGCACAUAUGUAACAAUUUUUCACAUUUUUACACCAACUAAUAAAACUUUUGGAAUUAUUUGCUGGCAUACUGGGACCUGACAUGAAUGGGAUUGUUUUGUUUGUAUCGUGUGUUGUCUUUCUUUUUUUUAAAACCUAUACCGUAUUUUAGACUACAAAUACCUCAUAUUGCUGGUUUAAACAAGAUACAAUUACUUGCCCUUAAAACUCCACUGUGUCUACACAAACUGUGUUGAAGUUGCAUUGUGUUUUUAUCUAAAAAUGCAGGGUGUUAUUAACUAAUCAAGGGACUACCAAGAGGUCUGUAUUAAUGUAUGCAAUUAUUGGUGUUAUAGUUGUGUAAUAAUGUUUUAUAUAAGAAGCAUGAGUAAAUGCCAUUUUGACUUUAUUUCUCAAAAUGCCAUGGUUAUGCACAUAUCAUGUAUCAAGAAUCAUUUUGUUUAACUAAAGAAAUGUUAUAAAUUACUGCCAUUUAUUUGUUGUCAUUGGUGUCCUAACCGCAACCUCAAAAGCUCUUUGAAGCCUAGAAAUUGCACGACACAAAGGUAAACCUGCCGACAAAGUACACUUUGUCACAAUAAAUGACCUGAAAUCUGGAAA